AUGUCGUCGUACAAGUCUGACGGCGGUCGAAUACCCCGACUGAAGAAUGUCGCCAGCCAGUCCCGGAGCGUAUCGUCGCCCGCGAUGGCCUCAGCUCGGCAUCACGACGCCCCUGCCCAGCUAUUGCCCAGGCCGCAGAUACCAAGACCAACGCUUGCCUCGACUAGGGCCAUCCGAGCGUCAUCGGUGUCCAGCGCUGAGGAAUCUCGUCGCAGUGUCGCACGAUCAGACCCUUCGACGAUCCCGGCCGGUCAGCAUGCUCGUCCAUCGAUACCUCCGCGAACAGCCACGCAUCCAUUGCCGCCGACACCCUUGCAUCCAAUGCCGGAUGGAGGCGUUCGCCAACCCUUCCACAUGGCUGCCGGACCCCUGAAUGACCUUGACACCGACAAGAGGUCCCCUGCUCCCGGUCGACCGCGCAAUGUCUUGCGGAGGAAGGCGCCGACAAUCGGUCAACAUACCGCGCAGAAUAGACCAAGUUUGGAGAGACUACGACCUGAGAAGCUGAAUGUAAUUAUACCAGAUAUUCCUACCAUUGGGCCCACUCCGAGCGCCUCCUUACGACCCUCUACGAACCGUUCAAUUUUAGCGUCACCAAUGGCUUCGGAGGAUAAUCUUUCGACCAUCGUACCGGAAGCUCACGUCCAAGCCGGUCCGAAGGAACUUGCAAGCCUCAGGACCACUAUCAACACACAAAAUUUACCACCCCCAACUCCGAUAAUCCCGUCUGCCAGUAGUCCUUCCACAAGGUAUUCAGAAUCUCCAGGAGUGUGGAGUAGGACUUCGACACCAACUACCUUAUCCUCAUAUUCACCGGGAAUCGUUCACUCCGCGAAGGGUUCUCGCCUAAGGCAACCUAGUCCAUCCCAAAGUCGACUUCCGGUGUUCUCCCAAGAGACACAACAGACGAGCUUUGCGAGUGACCGAGGGCAGCCGGGUGCAACACAGUCACCCUUGUUGGGCCAAAGCACCAGAGCAAAGGCAUCUGUUACUGAGGCUGAGACGAAACAGUCUUCGGCACAGACCGGCACAACGAACACUACCAGCACAUCUUACAGCCACCUUCCCCGUAAGACAUCCACAAGCAGCACUCGACGACUCUCGACCAAAGUGAGACCAAACGCUGAGGCUGAACAAAAGGUAGAGGAGAAAAGGGUAUCGCGGGUCAUGUCUCACGCAGAUAAAGUACGAGCAAAUUCGUUUGAGAAGCCUCUCCAGAUACCCAAAAGGCCGACCAGGGAUGGUACUCAUCAGUUAAUACUGGAACCGUCACCUGUAGUGCAGAGCAAUAUAUCGCCCAAAACGGUGACGGGCCACAAACGUCGAGACUCAACUGAAAGGUCUCCCAUUCUAGAGAGACGUCCAGGGUUGAAUAGGUCUGCAGCCACCUCAAUCGACUCACUGCACGCAAGGGCACCCUCCCAGACCCGUGUACCAGCAUCUCCGGAGCUAUCGCGAAAGUCGCCUCGCCAACCAGCUAAGGAAGAAAAGCUACAGCAUGAUUCCGUGGCCCCAGGAAAGUCACGAGGACUUGGCCUCUUCACGAAGAGGUCCAAACCUGACUUGGAUGCACGAAGUGAAGGUCGUUCAGCUCGCAAGGGUCCAAGUGCUGGGACCGGACAUGAAGGCUACGGCCGAUAUGCUCAGCGUGGGCGCCGAUCAAGCGUAAGCAGCAGCACUAGCCGAGCAAGAUCAACAAGCACGACCAGAAGCGGCCCUAAAUCGGUUGCCAGUAGCAAGGGUAGCACUAGAAGCCGGCCGGAGCUAGACCUUGACGACUUUCUGCUCGAUCGCCUCGAGCCAGUGAUUAUUAGGGGUGGGAAUCUGGAUGGGAUUGCUUCCCAGAGGAGGCCAAGCGAGCAAAGCACAAGUGGUUUCAGUACAGCAUCUACCUCAAACUUGACGCAGCCGUCUAUAAUUUCCGAGUCUCCCGGUUGCUCUACAGAGACACUGGCUAGUUCUCGAGCAUCUGCAGACUCAGUGGAGCCGACAACUAAGGGCAUGAAGCACCAGAUCUCAUUUGAACAGCAAAGGGUGGCUUAUUCUCGCCCGGAGACAGGCCUCAAGGUCACAAAAGCGCCUGCAGCUUCUUCAAUCCAGGACUUACAUCAAUCGAACCUUGAAGUUCGUCCUAUGCGGCCCAGAGUACCAGUAGAGACGCAAAGUCCACAAAAACAGACAAAGCGAGGCCUGGGCUUGAAGUGGAAUUUCUUCCAGAGAAAACAAGAACCCGAAAAGCCAGAAGGAAAGAUUAAGUCCCGUACUGCACCUCAUCUUCAUGCGACUGUGGCUCCAGCGCCUGUGCACCGACCUAUUGCACACUACGCUCUAAUUGACAUGGACUCCGAUCCCUUGGAGGAAAUCGUACACAACGUCGAGAACUCACCACCCACUGAGGAUGACGAACUCAGCUCCCCAGUGGAAGUACCGGCUGCUUUGAACAUCAAGAAAACGCCGGAAUCCAUUCUCCUACCAUCACCACCAAAAUUACACGAUGCUAUAUUUCGAGAUCAGCCUCAGUCACCGAAAGUGUAUUUCAACAAGAGCCUGGUACCACAGAGCCCGGAGGUAAAGCCAGAAGGAGAGCGUCAAAGUCGCCUGACGUCCGUUGGGCGCAUCCCGCGUGUAGUCUCAAGGCGCGAGAGGCCGCACAAGCCGGCUGUGCAGUCCUUCUCAAGGCCAUUCAGUGUGGCUCAAUCACCGCCGUCCUUGACUGCCCCGGUUGUUGAGACCUCGGGUGGUAUCUCGUUUUCACCCAUCUUCACACAGAGCCCUUUUUAUCCUACACUUCCCGGCAAAUCCGACUACAGGUUUGAUCUCACUAAUCCUUUCAAGGAUCCCUUGAAAGGUAGUGUCCUAGACUUCAUUGCCGGGCCCUAUUCCAAAGAAGAGUUCAUGCGAUUUUCCCCCAGAAAGGAUUCCGUUCUGUCUAGUUCUAGUGGCUCUGACAGUCUCGCUGCUGUAACGGCCGUUAUGCCAGGUCCUGAUUCUGAGUUGACUGAGGAUGAAAUAUGGGGUGAAUAUGAUGACUUAAUCGACCACGUUCUUUCUCCGCAAACGGCAAGCACGCUCUUCGAAUCUGAAUCCGAGAUAGAUCACAAGCUUGAGCUAGCGACAAUGGCGAGCAAAACUCUUCAGGCAGAGAUAAACGGGGGACCAGGAUUGUCUGCACCAUCUGAGAAACCUGCAGUCGAGCUUACGGCCUCAUCACCUAGAUCUAGCACUGGCUCUGUCAGACUUCGAAGGUCUAGAAUCAUUGCAGAGCUACACUCGUCUUUGGUCCCAUCAUCUCAGCCUUCGUACAGUGAGAUCAUUGCUAGUUACUGUGACGAUCGAAGCGAGAGUAGCAUAGUGGAGAAGGAGGUAGAGGACAAGCUAUUGACACCAAAUCAAAUAGUCGAGCAACAGUCAGGCUUGCUAAGUUCGCCAGCCCUAGCUACAUCACCGAGCUUCGAGAUCUGUCGACAGCGCAACACCGUUCUCUUCGAUAUCGCAGAACGCGAUCGUGAAGGGCCCACUGCUCAUACCAACAUCCGAUCUGGAUCUCUGAUGACAAGCCGAUGGCUCUCCUUUGGGCGAGUCCUCUUUAGUCCAGCACACAACCAUGCCAAAGGGUCUGACCAAGAACGUAUCCUGGUGGUCGAUGGACUGGGAAACGAUGAUUGGUCAUUCUACUGUGCUUUGACAUAUCCAAACGCGGAGGUGUACAGUCUUACUGACGGGCCAAAACCAAUUGCAUCCAAGCACCCACAAGCAUGGCAGCCUCCAUCAAACCACCACACCAUUCAACACACGAGUCUCGAUGAUCAGCUGCCUUUCCCAAGGGGCUUCUUCGCGGUGGCUGUUUUACGAUUCCCAGCUGCCUGUUCCGAAAAGGCGCAGGAUAAUAUCAUCUCUGAAUGCAAGCGCGUCCUUCGCGCAGGUGGUUAUUUGGAAAUGAGUAUCCUCGACCUGGACAUGGUGAACAUGGGAAUCCGCACGCGAAAAGCCGUAAGGACCCUGAAGGAACGGACGUACAUAUCCGACGCAAAUAUUAGCCUCAAACCUGCAAGCGACAGCAUUCAACGGCUGUUAGGGCGUCAUAAAUUUGACAACCUCCGGCGAUGUAUGGUACGGAUCCCUGUUGCUGGAAUGAUCGUCCGAUCAUCAGCGUCCUCCACCUCCACCUCACCAUCAAAUCCAUCCACCAUACUUGCAACAACCUCCCCAAAUACCACCGUAUCCCCCCUUACAGGCCUGUCAACAGCGGCCAAAGCGAAAGCAAGGGCGCAUGGAAAGUCCUCCUCCAACGACACGGACCUAUCCCUAGGCGAUCUCCUCUCGGACCCUUCCCCCUCGCCUUCUAACGACGAAUCCAUUCGGAAGAUCGUUGCUAAAGUCGGUCGAUGGUGGUACACCAGAUGCUAUGAAAUUCCUGUGCUCCCAAACGGCGACGUUGCCCUUAGCAUCUGGUCUGACAGGAAGAUCCUCCGCGAAUGCCAACAGCGCGGCACUGGUUUCCGGCUGUGGAUCGCAUAUGCACAGAAACCGAGCGAAAAGCGACGAACGGCAAGUGUGUAG